UCGACCAUUUGGAGGGGCACGAGCACACGAGCAGUUGAGCAUUUCAUGAAGAUGCUCAAGUCGUGCCCUUUCGGGACAGGGGAGAUUGUGCAUAAGCUGGUGGCCCACAGGGAGAAGGUGCUGCCAAGCGACAAGAAGACUCACUACCUAUUGCAGAACUACCGGCACCUGCACAACAUCUCGGAAGGGGGGGCUGCAGCAAACGACGAUGAUGCGGAUGCGGUUUUUUGUCAUGAUUACGAGGAGCAACAAUCGUCCGUUGCUGCAGGGAGGGAGCCGGUCGAGGAGAUGGCGCAGUGGGGAAAGAAAAGUGCAGCGGGGGAGGUGCUGCGAGAAGAGUGUCAAUCCGCCACAAGGGCGGCUCCGGUGCAGCAAACGACCAUCACGAGAUUGGUGGACAACGCAGCUCAAAAGAAGUUCGACAUCGCAUGGGCGGAGGCAAUGUUCCGGGCGGGAAUCGCAUUCAAUUUUUUGAACUUCGACACCACUCUCAAGCUGCACGAGGUGUAUUUGGAGGUGGCUAGCGCACGACUGAAGGUGAAAUUGCCUUUUGCGAAACACAUCCAGAUGGUGAUGCUCGACUUUAUCUUUUUGGGCAUUCAAAAUCAAAUGCAGCCUCUAAUUGCAUGUCACGGCUUGCUGCUACGGAACAUCAGCAAGUUGGAUUGGAUCAAGGGCACGGUGAAGCGGAGCCACACAAUUGUGAAGUUUAUACGGAACCACCGCUGUACACAUAGCCUAAUGAUGUCGUUGAACGACUCAUUAUCGCUGUUGCGACCGAUCGAGGUCCGUUUUGGGUCGGUCUACAUGAUGGUGGAGCGGUUGUACGAUCGGAGGGCGGUUUUGAAGCAGAUGGUUGAAGGGAGCCUAGUCGGGAGAUGGAAGGCGAUGUGGUGGUCGAUGACCAAGCUGCAGUCCAAAGCGGAUUUUGUUUUCUUCUCAUUGCGGAAGGAGGGUUGGUGGCCGGAGUUGAAGAAUGUGGUGGAGGUGAUGGAGCCAUUGUAUGUAUUGCUUCAGAGGAUGGACAAGGGCGGGACUGCCCCGUCAAACCUUGUGGAGUAUGACUGGCUAAUGGAGAGGACGCUAGCGGAGGUCGUGCUGACGGAGGAGCAACGACGUACAGUGCUCGAGAAGGCGACGUGCUGCAUGAAGAUGAUGCGGCAACCGAUUCUCAGCGACAUGCGAAAGUUCCAUACGAAACCCACCGAGCACAACCCUCGGCGGAAGGACAAGAAAAUGUGGGAUGGUGAUGCGGUCGCAGAUUCUAACACCAUCUCGCCAUCGGAGUGGUGGGCAACUCAUGGCGGCGAUGUGCCAGAGUUGCAGGCCAUUUCCAUGAAAGUAAUGGGCAUGUGGAGCACGACGACUCCGACACAGCGGAAUCGGUCUUCGAUGGAUUUGGUCCACUCAAAGCGGCGAAAUCGGUUGAACCCCUCAACCUUGGAGAAGUUGGUGUAUAUUCACUGGAAUAUGCAUCUGCCGAAGUCCGGGAAUAACUUGAAGGACCACGGCUACAUCGACCUGUGGGCGCAGUUCUUCGAGUCCCUUCCAGCGCCUGAGGUGGACGAUGGUUCUAUUUUGAAGGACCUUGUGGAGGAGAAGGACAAGACAGAGGAGGAGCUGGUGCGGAAACGGGCCUUCCUCAAGACACCAAAGGGCCGGGUUCCAAAGAGCCUCGAAGAUGAGCAGGAGGAGGAGGAGGAGUGCACCGACGACAACGACCUUGACGACGAGGUGUGGAAGGGAAAGACUCAAUGGUUAAAAGCAUCUAAUGAAGGGGAAGUUUAUGAGUCAUCGGACAAUGACUUUGAGUUGGGAAUCCCCCCGUCAAUCCCGUGCACCAUAUAUGUUAGGAGGAGGGAAGCGGCACAGCGCCGUCAAGAACGACCACCCACAACACCAUCUCAAUGCACGGCGAACACCACAACGCAUUACAACAUCCAAUAGGAUGUCGAGCUACCACAGACCAACACCGACAUGGAGAUAGUGCUUCGCCCCGGUCCAAUCAAUACAAAUGAGGAGG